UCAUUUACACUUUUUUAGACAGCGAUCUAUGAUCAAAGAUGGCGAGCACCUCCGACCCACUGGAAGAUAUGUUAUUUUCUGAGGUGGAUGAAAAAGCUGUGAGCGAUUUAGUGGGCUCUUUGGAGUCACAACUUGUUGGACAAAGCAACCCUGCAGAUACUCAGUCGGAAAACAGAGGUGCUGGGUCUACAUUCACUGCAAACCAUCACUUAGGGAAAACGCUACCAGCCCAAGUGGGUACUACACUAGUACAGCAGCAACAAGGACAACAUAAAGCUGGGAUGCACCAGGAGAUAAACUCUAAAGAAAUUAGCUUAGAGAAAACUGUUACAUCUUCUUCGCUGAGUUCUAUUCCGUCCUUUGAGGAAGCUUCCACCACUUCAGGGACUGGAGUAAACGCUACCAAGAGCGGUUUGCAAUCACAUGGAACAUCAUCUAUCACAACACUACCUGCAUUUGGUGGUGUAGCAACUUCUCCGCUUGUCAACAGCAUCAACAGCACCACCACCAGCCGAGGUUCCGCUCUGGCUUCAGGUCAGACAUCAACAGACAUUGUCGAUCAUCCAAGAAAACGUAUAACUGCAUCGUUACGGAGUGCAUCCGCGGGAAUACAGAGUUUGAACGGUACCGGAGGAGCGGUAACGUCAAGGAAUAAUCCCCCUGCGGCGGGAACUGCUGCGUUGAUUAGCAGUGCAAGUGCAGCAAACUCAAGUCGGACCGUUGACGUUACAUCUUGUGUAAAUACGACGAAUUUCACUUUAUCUAACUCCAGAAUUUCUUCAACUCAAUCAGCGAUUCCCCUGGAUAAGGGGACUCCUACUAUUGCUUUGCAAAGACUACCAAGUCACAUUGUAGCGAGCAUCGCACAUAAUGGAAAUGGCACUACCGUUUCGGCCUUGGUUAAACAAGGCGCGAUAGGACCGAUCACUUCUGCAGCAGCUUCGCAAGUGAACCACAAAAAAGAGGGUUCUGAAGCGAAGUCGGACGCUCCCGUACAGUCCAAAAUAGUCAUGUCCAGUCCGUUAGGUGUUGUCAAUUCCGUAAUAAACUCUGUUUCCUCUCCCUCUGCCGUUUCCAACAUAGCAGCGGCGACUACUGCAAGUCAUGUCAUGGCAAAGUCUGCUGUCAAUGUUGUUGGACAAACAACAACUGUUGGAAUGGUAAGGCCAGCGUCACCGGCUGUGGCCACAGCUACACAGCCUCUGCUUCAACCGGGAGUCCCAGCGGCUCAAAGGACUGUAGCCCCCCAGCUGAUUGUCAGACCCCCCCAACAACCACAGACGACCAUUCAACUGCCUCCUGGGUUUACCAUCCCACCCGAUACCUGUAGGGGCAGGCUACAUGGAGAAUGGAACAGCUGGAUAGAGGAAACAGCUCGAGUUGUGCAAAAGGGAAUAUAACAUUGCAAAUAAAGUUUGGAAUGACAAUUUGUGUACAACAUCUAAAGAACUGCAUCACUAUACUGAGAGCUUUGUUUUUUUCUUCUAAGAGGACGUAUUUUCUUGUUUCUGUAGCCUUUGUUCAUGCUUUUUCGGGGGACCCAUAUUACACAAAACAGAUGAGAAAGUGAUUUGUUGUUAGCUGUAAGUUUCUCAAACAUGUGAAAUCACAAAAGUUGUUUGGACCCUACAACAUCCAAUUUCCAUUUAAAAAUAAGAUAUGGUUGUAAAAACAAAAAAAACAUAUCCUUUACGUCGGUAUUGAUUUUAGGUUAAUUCUGUAUAAUGUUGUAGAAAUAUCUGAAAUUGAAUAAAGUUAUUACAUGAUU